AUGUCGCUCAACAAGAAGUCGGCCAACAAGGUCUCCGGCGGGACACUCACCAAGUACUCGUUCACUUCUUCGUCGCUCAACUCGCUGGAAACCGCUAUCAACGUGUUUCUACCUUCUUCCGCUGUGAGCGGCUCAAAAGUACCCGUGCUGUACUAUCUCUCUGGUCUUACAUGCACGGAGGACAACGCUGCGCAGAAGGGGGGCUUCUUCAACGCUGCCGAGGCGGCACAGAUCGCCCUCGUGUUCCCAGAUACCUCACCACGUGGAGCAAAGGUCGACGGCGAGGAUGAGAGCUACGACUUUGGCUCUGGAGCAGGCUUCUACCUCAACGCUACCAAGCAGCCUUGGUCCGCUGCGUACAACAUGUACGACUACAUCGUCAAGGAGCUUCCUUCCAAGCUCGGUGAACUGCCCAUUGACACGAGCAAGGCGAGCAUCUUCGGCCACUCGAUGGGUGGCCACGGCGCGCUCACGCUCUACCUGAAGAAUCGGGGUCAGUACAAGAGCGCAUCGGCCUUCUCGCCCAUCUGCAACCCCACCGCCUGCCCUUGGGGCAAAAAGGCCUUCGAAGGCUACCUCGAAAACGGCCUCAAGGAGGGCGAACAGUACGACGCCACGCUCCUGCUCAAGGACGCACAAGACCAGCCCGGCAUCCUCAUCGACAGCGGCACCGCAGAUGACUUUUACAAACAGGGUCAGCUGCUCCCGGAAAACUUCCAGAAGGUCGCCGAGGAGAAGGGUUUCAAGAAUGUUCAGGUGCGCCUGCAGGACGGAUACGAUCACAGCUACUUCUUCAUCUCGACGUUCGCUGAGGAUCAUAUCAAGUUCCAUGCCAAGUUCUUGAAGGCUUGA